AUGACAAAGGUUGCCGUCUGUCAAAUCCGCUCGACUGCCGACCCGGAGCACAACCUCCGGGUCUCGUCCUCUGUCAUUCGGGAAGCAGCUAAGGCCGGUGCCGUCGCAUGUUUCCUUCCCGAAGCAGCAGACUUUAUCGUCAAAGCGACAGAGGAGUGCCGCCGCCUUUCGCUCCCGCUGUCGCGACACGGGUAUACCCUCGGCCUGCAGGAGCUGGCGAAGGAGCUGGGCGUGUCCAUCAGCGUGGGGGUACACGACGUGCCAGAGGAUGGCCAGGACGACGAGCCGGACAGUCUGCGGGUUUUCAACACACACGUACUAAUUGACAAGGACGGGUCGAUCAAGGCAAAGUACAGCAAGCUUCAUCUGUACGACGUCGAGCUCAUCCAGGACGGGCGGGUGAAGCGGAUCGGCGAGUCCGAUCGGGUGCGACCAGGCCAAAGCAUUGUGGCCCCCGCCGACGUGGAGGGGUUCAAGGUCGGUUUGGAGAUCUGCUACGACCUCCGGUUCCCCGAGCUGUCUAUCAUCCUGGCGCGCAUGGGCGCCGACGUCCUGACCUUUCCGAGCGCGUUCAUGCUCCCCACGGGCAAAGCGCAUUGGGCAACGCUACUGCGCGCGGCCGCGAUCCAAUACCAGGUCUAUGUGCUCGCGGCUGCGCAGUACGGCGCCCACCAUGCGUCGCGGUCGAGCUGGGGCGAGUCGCUGGCGUUCGACCCCUGGGGACGGGAACUCGGGCGGCUGCGCAGCGUUGAAGAGCCAGGAGGGGACUACGAUGGCAGCGGCGAGUUCUUUCUCUGCGAUAUCGACCACGACGUCAUUAACGAGACGCGCAAGCAGAUUCCGCUCGCGAUCCAGAAGCGCGCGGACAUGUAUGGGGUGGUGGGCGAGCGAGGUCCGGAGUGA